AUGGUCUUUUUCCUCAAAUGCUGCCAGCCAGUGAAGUCAAUAGCAUCAGAGAAAGAGCGAGUUAGCUUGAGAAAGAAAAAAUUGGGAUUAUCCGAUGAAGAGAAGAGAUCAAGUGUCGGAUCAGAAUCAAUGCCAGUAAAUAGACGAAGUCUCCAACGAAAGGGGCUUGACGAGAACAGAUACAAAAAUUUAAACGCUAUAACGGAGCAAGGAGACUUAGAAUUCGCUGCAUCAGCAACUGGAAUAGAAUUAUUCGCUGGAGGAUCAGCCUCACGACAAACUAAAGCAAUGCAACUUAUUCGAGAAAAAUGCCCGGAAAUAUUCGACGAAGAAGCAGAAAAUAUGGACAAGUUCGAAUCAGAUUAUGAAAGCGAAGUGAGAACAUCAGCGCUCCGAACAAGCCGCCAAUCAAAACGAGCAGCGGGGAAGACGUCUCUUUUAUCAUUGACCACGGCUUCAAGAAACUCAUCUUGUUCGACCAUACGCGCUCAGCGCUCAAACAGAUCUGACAGCUUUGAAGACAUGUUAAAGGAAGAUGAAAAAUCAUCGCAGACUGGAAACUUGUCCCAGCACUCCUCCGUGGACUCCUUCGAGGAACCACGAGCUUCGAAGCAGAGGGGAUUAGACUUGAUCUUCAAUGAUAUUCUUAAAGCAAGAGCAAGCAAAGAAGUAAAGCGAAACGAAACGUCAAAUGUUCUGCGACAGAAUUCAAGUCAAAAUCUUCACUCAGCUGUCGCUUCUUUUACAAGUCUUCAAGCUGGUCUUCAAUCUGUUUACUCCUCAUAG